AUGGACGAUGUCGUCUUUAAGUCCAGAGUGGGUGAUGGUCAUCUUGAGCACUUAAGAAAAUUCUUCGAUAGACUCCGCAAGCAUGAUUUGAAGUUGAAUCCUACAAAAUGCACAUUUGGAGUGCCUGCUGGGAAGUUGCUAGGAUUCAUAAUCAGUCGUCGGGGUAUUGAGUUGGAUCCCACAAAGAUCAAAGCAAUUCAAGAACUCCCACCACCAACAAAGAAAGUGGUCAUGAGCUUCCUAGGAAGGUUGAAUUCCAUCGGAUGCUUCAUUGCCCAGUCCGCAGUAAUUGUAGAAUCGAUUCUCAAACUCCUCAAGAAAUAUGCUCCAACAAAAUGGACAGAAGAUUGUCAGAAAGCCUUCGACACAAUCAAAAGAUACUUGUCAAAUCUGCCCAUAUUCCUUGGUGGAAAAGACAUGUUGCGCUUUGACCUGGGUGUCUCAGAAAUUAAGGGAUUAUAUGGCUGCAUACACUACUCAUUUGAUCUCAAUAAUGGACCCCCUAAGAAAGCAGUUAAGGGACAAGCAUUAGCAGAUUUACUGGCAGGAAGCUCGGUGGAUGACAACCCCGUACCUUUGUGGACUUACUUCCUGGAUGAAGAAGUGAUGACAAUUGAAGGCGAAGAAAAUAAAGAUGAAUUAGGCUGGAAAGUAUACUUUGAUGGAGUGGUCAAUUUUAAAGGAUCAGGAAUCGGAGCCAUUUUGGUUUCAGACUCUGGCCAAUAUUAUCCAGCGGCCGCCAAGUUGAACUUCAGCUGCACCAACAACAUGGCUGAAUAUGAAGCUUGCAUCAUAGGUCUUCAUCCCUUGACAUGGAUGUGCGAAACCUUUAGAACCCAGAAUGAGUUUGCUGAUGCAUUGGCGACAAUAGCAUCCAUGAUUCAGCAUCCUGACAGUAAAUACAUUGAUCCUGUCAGAGUUAAAAUCAGAGAUCAACCAGCUCGCUAUGCUUUUGUAGAAGCAGAGAUUGAUGGAAAAUCUUGGUGCGUUGACAUUAAAAUGUACUUGGAGAAAAGAGAGUAUGCUGAAGGAAUCACCCUCAAUCAGAAGAAGACUAUCAGGAAGAUAGCGAAUGGUUUCUUCCUCAAUACGAAUGCUUUGUACAAAAGAACCCCGGAUCUGGGAUUGCUUAGAUGUGUUGACUCCGUCGAAGCCACAAAAUUGAUUGAAGAAGUACAUGCUGGAACCUGUGGGCCUCACAUGAAUGGGUUCGUGCUAGCGAAGAAAAUCUUAACAAUAGGUUAUUACUGGAUGACCAUGGAGAACGAUUGUAGCAAAUUCGUCUAG